AAGAAGCCGGGACUUAUCUCGCGCUCGAGCAGGUUGCUGGUGGGAGGAGCCGCUCAAUCAGGUCUGAGGCUGGAGUGGAGAGCGGCUCUCGUACGCUCCGUGCCUGACAGGCGCUCACGCGAAGGGGGCGGGGGCUCGCGCGCGCCUGGGAAAAUGUUGCGCAGGUUCUAAAAUGGAAGGUUGGAGGCGGCGUGAUUGAGCGCGCGAGGGGUGUGUGCGCGAGUGAGAGAGAGAGUAAGUAAGAGCGGGAGCUGCAAGAGCAGCAGCAAAAGCCAGAGUCCGUGGCACGCAGUCGGACCCCGCACUGAAUCUGGGAGCAGCCUCCUCCUCUCUCCUUCCCUGUAUGGAGCUUUCCGCUAUUGGGGAGCAGGUGUUUGCGGUGGAGAGUAUCAGGAAGAAGCGCAUAAGGAAGGGUAAAGUGGAAUACCUGGUGAAAUGGAAAGGAUGGCCUCCCAAAUACAGCACAUGGGAGCCAGAGGAUCACAUUCUUGACCCACGCCUGGUGAUGGCUUAUGAAGAGAAGGAAGAGCGCGAACGUGCCUCAGGUUAUAGGAAGAGGGGCCCCAAACCGAAGCGUCUCUUGCUGCAGAGGUUGUAUAGCAUGGACCUGAGGAGUGCACACAAAGGAAAAGAGAAACUGUGCUUUUCUUUGUCGCGGAGGUUUGGAGGAGGAGGAAACAACCUGGCAGGGACCAAGGGAGGGCAGACAGAGCUGCCUGAGAAGAACGGUGGAGGAGUCCUGCCCUUCCCUCUCCGGAAGCAGAGCAAGAACCAGAAGUACCUCCGGCUUUCACGAAAGAAGUUCACCCGCAUGGCAAGCCUGGAGAACCGAAACCGCCGGCGGGAGUUCUUUCUGAAGGAGCCGGUAGCGCUAGAGGACAGGCAGGCCCCCAGUGACUGGGAUGCUGCUAUGCAGCCUGCCACCAAAGACGUGGGCUCAGACACAGCAGAAGGCAACCUUUCCUGGAGCCCCGCCCAGCCCCCAAACGAAGUGACAGUGACGGAUAUCACAGCAAACUCCAUUACUGUGACUUUCAGAGAAGCACAAAUGGCAGAGGGCUUCUUCCGAGACAGGAGCAUCCAGUUCUGAAACUCCAUUUUUAUUUUAUGGUUUUUCUCCUCUUAUUUUUUUCCCUUUUUGUUUUGAUUGUGUGUGCGUGUGUGUGUGUGUGUUUUGUUUUCCCCUCCUGCGUUCCUAAUCAGAUAUUUAUAGGGCAGGCGAUUUCAGUAUAUCCUUUAACAAACAAAAUCCGAAAAAUUUCCUUCACAAUGUUUACAGAGGAUUUUGAUUUUAUUUUGACUGUUGAUGUCUUGGUAACUCUUUUUUUUUUUUUUUUUUUAAACCUGCUCCUCUUUCAAAUACGCAAAAACAAGAAAAGGCAAUGUGGGGGUGCCUGUUUUUUCUUUCCUCAUUUGUUACAAUAGAUAUAUAUAGGUAGGUAGAUAGAUAUAUAUAUAGAAAGAGAGUAUAUAGAUAUUUUGUCUGUUAUUGCUUUGUCUGUCUAGGAAAUGGAAGCUUUUUUCACUGGCAAAGCUUUUUAUUCACAGUGCAGUGUGGAAGAGUGUCUGCUCCUUUGGGGCAAUUCCAAGGGUAACAGAAUCAGGCAUGUUAUCACUUUUUCAGUGACUGUAGCCAUCUAUUGAACAACAACAAUAAAUAAGCAAAUUUUCAAGUUGAUAUUUUAUCUACCUACCUACCUACCAACCAGCUGGCCAGAGAACAUCUACUAUAAGGCCAUAUUUUUAAUAACACCUUAAAAAUACAAUAGUGUCUAAAUUGUAUAAAACACAUCAGUAAUGGAAUCAGCAUUUUUGGACAUCCUUUCUGAUUCCGUUAUGAAUGUAUCUUGCAUGUUUUGGACACUAACUAUAAUAUUUUAAGGGUUUGGUAAAAUAUGGCCCUGUAGUAGUAGGAGUUCUCUUGCCAGUAUGUGUAUAAUAUCAACUUGAAAACUUGCUUACUGUAGAGUCAUUGAAAAAGUGAUUCCAUUACCCUUGCAAUUGUGCUUUUAUCAAUGAUGACAUAUCUGCAACUUGAAGGAAGUUGGGAGGAGAGGCAGUAGCAGGGAAAUGGCUAAAUAUCUCUGUUCUUCCAUGUCUCACAGUGGAUUAUCCCUGGUCGAUCUGAUUCCCAAGUUUGCUUUCUUCCCAGCAACAACUGUGAAAGGCAGCAGACCGCCACACCACACACCCUGCUUUGGGUGACAGAUUCCUGACUGAUACUUCCUUCCUGAUCUGUACUUUAUGAGAUGUGGCCUAUAGGUGUUCCCAGUGCUUCCACAAAUGCAAAAUUUUGGGGACAUUACAUAUACAGUUGGGACGGUGGUUUGCAUGUUAGUGUUAUCCAGGUGGGGGGAGGCCUGCAUUGGUGCUUCCCCUGCUUGUGCAUUUCUAAAAGCAGCAGUGCAAGAAACUGGCUUGCUAUAACCAUAUUGACACACAAGAACUCCAGGUUACCAUUGCUCAUCUCUUGAUACAGAUAUUUUCAAAUCCUGUACCUAGGAAACCAGAGACUUCUUGGAAAAUUAAGAGUUUCCUCAGUAUCUAUCAUUACCAACCUACCCUUGUAAUGGACAGCUACAAAAGUAUUUUGGUGUGUCCUAGGGAAUGUGCUGGGUUUGCCUGGUGAGGCUUAGCAGACCUGAAUGAAUAUAGAGUGCAACUUGGAACCAACGGUAGGCAAUCUUGACUCUCUACAACUCCCAUAGAUUAUGGGAGUUGUAGUUCAGCACUGGAGAGCCAAGCCUGCCUACCCCUGCCGUGCCCUAGAGUGUCUCCCAGAAUCUUUCGCAAUACCCAGGAAUUGCCUGGCAGACACAGCAGGCAAUUGGAUAUAGACUGGGUCCCCAGUGGGUAGGGGGACUGGUGUAGACUAUGUUUGUUCCGUCUAAACCCAUUGGAUUUGUAUACCUUGACUAAGGAUGGAAUUGCCAGUCUUCUUGGACAUCUUUUCCAAUUGUCAGUGUGAUGAUGCCAAGGUGUGCACAAUGACCAAGAGGUUUUUGGAAAUCGCCUUGGUUGGGAAUCUUUCUGUUUUCUGUUGAUAUUUGCUAGGCUCAGGAUGAAUAGGAGAUGAUGCAUGAAACUCUGUCAUUGUUCAAGAUUAUGGGAACUUUGCCAUUGACUUUCAUUAAGUCUUCAUUGUCUCAAAACUGGCUCCAUACAUCUGUGAGAAAGCCAUGGGUGUGGGUGGGAAGUAGGGCAUGCAUGGCUUUCUUAAGAAAUUGGUAGUGGUUGACUUGUUGACUGGUAGUUCUAGCUGGUCUUGGGGUAGUGAGUAUGAAUUGUCUCCUAUGCUAAGCAGGUUUUGCCUUGGUUUGCAUUUGGAUGGGUUGCAUGUGAGCAUUCUCCUUAGGGGGUGGGGCCAUAGCUCAGUAGAGGUUCAGUCCCUGGCAUCUCCAGGCAGGCCUGGAAAAGGCUCCUGCCUGAUUCCCUGGAGAGCUGUACUGAGCUCUCUAGCUCAGUACUGAGCUAGCUGGACCAAUGAUCUGACUCUGUAUAAGGCAGUUUCCUGUGUAGCUGAUCUAUGAAUAGGUGGCCUACUUCUUGCCCUGCCUGAUCAAAAUAAGGAGUUAGAAAUAUUGGCAGAAAAGGGUUGGGUUGGAAGAUGUAUAUGGGACUUGUAAACCACUUCUGCUUCUAAUUCAGUCUUGAAGGAAUGAGCUUCACUUGAUGUUAUCCCUUUCAAGCCUUUGUUACUCUUGUAUUACUUCCUGUACCAAGUGAGGGUGUCUUUCUGUGAUGAUCUCCAAACCUUUGCCAGGGAGAAGCUGCUUGCAGUUCCCUAGAGCCUUGUCUUGCACUUCAAUGCCUUGAAAUUUGUGCUGGACUUCCUUGUAAUUUUUUUUUUUAAGGAAUUGUAUCAUUGCACUGUAUAGUUCUAGCAUAUGUUCUCGUAUGUGUGGGGUGUGUGCUUAUUUAAACAAAUGAAAACUCCAGAAAAUAUCUUCCUAUGGAAUGAGAAGCUAGAAAGGAGGGCUGCAGUCCUAACCAUAUGUACUCGAGAAUGCGUCCCACUGAAAUUAAUGGGUCUUUCUUGUGAGUAAACAUGUUUAGAAAUGGGGGCAGAAGGGGAAGAAAGAAACUGAUGGGACACCGAAUGUUGUGGUGCAUCUCUGACUUCUUCCACUCUUCCUGACCUCAUAAUUCUUGUCUGCAAAAAAUAAUUUUUUGUGUGUUUGUUUCCCCCACCCCCUAGACUGUUCUUUCUGAUACUAUAUUUGUCUGGAGAUUUAUAAAAGCUGCAUUUUAAAUCCUGUGGAGAUUCUAACCUUAGUCUGUCUGCAAUUCUCAUGCUGCCAAAUUUGGUUUCAUGUCUGAAGGAAGACUACAGUAUGAUCGAAGGUGGUUGCCUACCAACUUGGAUAUGCUGUAAAUCUCGAAGAGCAUGUGGCUUUUCUCCUGCCACUUUUACAGAAAAAGAGAUUUAAGAUCUCUUAAAGGAGGGGUGCCUUAAAGGAGUAGUCCUCCUGCAGUUAUUGGUCUGCAGCUCCUAUCAUCUCUGGUCACAAUGUCCAGUCACUAAGGAUGGUGGGAGUUGUCAUCCAACAUCUGCAGGAGGGCCCCAGUUUGAGACCUCUAUCUUACAGGGAAAAGUUCUAUUGUUGUGUGAUAAGUGUAAAUCCUAAUAUUUCAAGCAUUUCACACUGGUGGGGCAGUGGGGAGGGAGAAAGGCUUCACAUUCUGGUAUAAUCUGUCCAUCAGGCUGCAGGAUAGCGUGAUAUCCAGGUUAUCUACGUGCCUCACUAGAAAUGUUUAACUUUCCAGACGAGGCUGGCGGUGCAAGAGCUUGACUGAGUCCUGAGCUCUGUUCAUGAAAAUGUUUGUGAAAUGGGAGAUUAGACUGCCUCUUUCUCCGAGAGUGGGAGAAAAUGGCAAUCCCCUCCCCCAUAUUGGCUUGGAUCCAAAGAACAGUGAGGAGAAGGAGGGAAAGACUUAGUGCCGUUUUACAAAGGCUUGCACAAGUGCUAAAGGAAGACUUCUCACAGUGCAGAACCACAGUAUAUGGGGGGCUGUUCACCAUGGACAAGAAGUGUGAAUUAGAAGAUGCAAGCUAUAGCGAACACAUGCUUGGGAACUGCUAGGUUUGUGUGUGUGUUUUAAGAGCUUGUGUGAAUUGUUGCUCAAGACAGAACUUGUGCAUGUAGGAUGCAGUUUUCACUUUUCUCAUGCAACACUUUUCUGCUAAGCUGGAAAUGAUGCUUCAGUGCACAAAAUAGGUUUUCUGUUAGCAAGAGGGCACCUCUGGAUCCACGCUUCUGUAUAUAUAGGCUUGGAUCCUAUCCCCCCCUACACACACACACACAUGUGUGUAUAUGUGUGUGUGUGUAUAUGUGUGUGUGUGUGGAGAGAGAGAGAGAGCAUUGGAUUCUGAUCCUCAAAGAGCUGGAAUGGCAAAAGCCCUUGUGCUUCACUAGAGCUCUGGCCAGUUCCGGUAAAUAAAUGAUAUCUCUUUCAAAAGUGCCAGGUAUUCAUCACCAACCGUGAAGUCUAGUAGACCAGAGGUUCCCAGAGGUACUUGAAGGGCUCCCAGGCAGGGAGCACUCUGGCCCCUCCAGCCUGCCUAUGUUGCAGCCACUGUUCCCUCGAAGACGUGUGCGUGCUUAAAAAAUUUUGGAUAUCGGCUCAGUUCAUUUUAGAUCCUGCUCAGGUUGAAUUAGGAAGGCCCCACUCUGAAUGCAUGUGCGCCCACACUGCCUUGAUACUGCCACCCAGAACAAAACUCAUUCUGCAUAGAGAUGAAAAAAAUUAGAAGGACCACUGGUUGCAGCUGCACAAUUUGAGGUGCAGCUCACUAUUUGUGAGGACUAUAGAUGAGUCCUCACUCAUCUGAGGACUGCUGGUUUGAUGUCAACAUCUCCUCAGUGAUGUGUCCACUACCGAAAGGGACGGAGGAGGGUAAAGACCCUCCUCUGCUCCUAAUUGUCUGGCUGCAUAGUAAACCUCAGGGUCUCCCCCCCCCCCACUCCCCCAUCCUGACUGACAGGCUUCAAAAAUUAGCUUUGGGCACUUCCAUUGAAAUUAAUAGUACAAGAAAACUUGUCCCAUUCAUGAGUAGCUUAGUCUGGAUCUAAGCCAGUGACUGUAGAGCAGGGCCGGUGCCAGACUAUUUUGCGCCCUAGUUAAGGCUAAGUUCUUGCACCCCCCUCCAAAAAAAAAUUUAAACUUCGAUUUUCAAAAACAGAUGUUUUGUAGAAAAAAUGAAAAGCACAAAACUUGAAACUGUUAAAUGUAUUUUAAAUUGCAAGAAUAGGUAAUACAUCAAUUUUUGAUUAUCUUUCUCAAAUACAAAAGAAAAUAUUUUGGCGCACAAAUCAUUUUGAAUUAGAAGGGCAUUCGGUAGAGCGCAUACCUCCACCAAGGGCAACACAACUUUCAACACCACAUCAGAAUCUCACUUUGCAUGCCUUUUCCUUUGCAAAUUUUGUCAUCAAUUCAAUCAGAUUAAGUGCUGAUGCCUGUUCAUGUUCAAUUGAUAUAGUUGCCAAGCCAACUAGUCUCUUUUGCGACAUUGUUGAGCGUAUGUAAGUUUUUAUAAGUUUGAGCUUUGAGAAACUACAUUCACCACUUGCCACUGAUACUGGAAGUGUGAGAAGGAUCCUUAGAGCAACGGAGACAUUAGGUACAUUAUCCAGGAGUUUUUGUUGUAGUAUGAAGAGAAGUACUCCUUGUGGAGGCAUAGACUUUGGAAGUCUUCGAGCUUUUGCUAUAAGUUCACAACACAGAUCUUCAGCAUCAAUAUCUGUGUUUCCAUUAUACAUCAAUGAUUUUUCCAAAUUCUUGCAGGCCUCAAGUACAUCUUCAGUAGAUUUUUUUUCUUUAUAAUGUAUAUAUCAUACAGGAAGCCAAAUAGGGAAUUAUAUUGUUGUAGCUGUUGGAAUCUCUCUUCAACAGAUUGUAUGGUCAUGUCUAAGACAUUAUAGUAGAAACCUACUUUGAAUUUCUGCUUUGGAUCUUGUGGUGCCUCUUCUUAGGCCUCAUACUCAAACUGCCAUUUCUUUCUCCUUUUUCUAACUUGUUCUGUCUCAGGUAGUAUCUCUAGUUCCUUUGCAAUCUCAGUAGCAUCUGUCAAAACUUGUUGAAAACCCUCAUCACAUCUGCAGCCCACAAGGUAAUUCUUAGUCACUUGCAAUUGGCUUGUAGCUGAAUUUAAAUAGGCUUCCUUAUUUUGUAGUAGCUUGCUUGUAAGAUUGACUUCAAAAAGUAUGUUGUACCAUGCAAUAAGGGAUACCACAAACUUGAACUUACAAAUUGCAUCAGCAAGGGCUGUAGCUUCAAUUCGGGAAGUAUUUCCAGAUGAACCUUUUGUCCUUUUGUCAUCAAAGAUCUCUAUUAAAGCAUCACAUAUAUUACCAAGAUGAUAUCUCAGUGGCUUCAAAGCAUCGAUCCGACUCUCACAUCUUGUUUCACUCAAUGGCUUAACAGUUAUGCCUAAGUCUGAUAUAUGGCUAGUUAGAAUUUGCCAAUGCUGAGUCGAUGCAGAUAAAUAAUUAUAGAUCUGUUGAACCAAACUGAAGAAACUAGUUGCUUCCAGACAACACUUAGCAGUAUCAUUGACUACCAAGUUUAGAGUGUGCAUUGCAGGGCACAAAAAAGGCACAUGGGUAUAUGUCCAGGACUUUCUUUUGUACGCUGUCUUCUUUCCCUUUCAUGUUACUCCCAUUAUCAUAACCUUGACCACGCAGAUUCUCAGUUGGUAAUCUCAUUUGCUCAAGCUGUCCAAGAAGAGUUUCUGUCAUAAAGGCACCUGUAGUCUCCUUUAGUGAAACAAACCCCAAGAAAUGUUCUCUUAUGAUAACUUCAGGCAUUGAUAUCUCAUUAUCUGAUGGUUUGAUUACAUCAACGAAACGUACAAUCAUUGUCAUUUGCUCAAUAUGACUAAUAUCAGGUGUGCAGUCCAGAAUAAUUGAGUAGUAUUUGGCUGAGUUUGUAUGUGUUAAAAUUUGCUGCUUUAUAGCACCUGCCAGAAACUGUAUAAGCUCAUUUUGGAUAUCUUUUUCUAGGUACAGUAGUGAACCAUUGUUUCUUGAUUCUUAACUCUGCACAAAUGUUCAUUCAUGAUAGGAUCAAAAAGGGCUAGAUAUUCUACAAACUUAAAAAAAUUUCCAUUGCUAGCACUGUACAAGUUUUCAUUGUACCAUGGAAUGACAAGUUUUGCAUGCCAAGAACUCUGACCAAAGCAAUCAACCAUUCCAAGAUUUGUUGUCAGUAUUGUUGUUCUUGCCUAAUUUUCUGCUGGUUAAUAUCAUCAAUUGUUUUUCUUUUAGAUAAGCGCAAUUAAAGUUCACGCCAUGCCUGAUAGUUUUCUAAAUGGUCAGUAUUCCUCUCAUGCGAAGAAAGAAUUGCUCCAAUGUUCUUCCAGUCUUUUGAACCUGUUUCUUGUAGGGAUGAUACACCAUUUUUUUGGCUGUACAACUUACAGCAAAAACAAAAAAAACGCAUCUUUUGAGGUUGAAUAUAUCAACCAUUGACGGCACACUUCUUCACCAUUUGCUAGUCUCCUCCUGUGGUGUAUAGGAGAAAAUCUUCUGUUUUUUUAGUCUUUGGGGAAAUCAUGUGAUACAACCUGCUAUGGUUCAUGUUGUAUUAUAAGCUGUUGCAAAUUAUCACUGUAAUUUAAGUCAGGCACAAUACCAUCUUCUUUUGCAGACUUUGCAGUACUUUCACUUUUCUUGACAUCCUUUUUUCCCCUGUGUGUUUUCCAGAAAUAUCUCCAACUUGUGAAACUUUGUCUUAGAUUUUAUCAUUUGUAGUAGGAGCACCACAUUCAGCUCCCCCAGUGCUACUUUCAACAAGAGUACAGUCAUAUUCUUGUUCUUGAUUUGCUUUCUGUGUACGAAGGUAUUUCAAGAAGAACCCCUCUUGCUUUGCUUGCUCCUUAGCUUUUUCUGCCUUUCGUUUGCAGUACUGAGCUCCAGAAGGUCAUUUUCUAUCAGCCAUAGCUCACUAGAAAAAUGAAAUAAAAAAUAUGAGAUCACUGUGAUACAAACUGAAUUAAGUUUAACAGUAUUGUUAGUGUUGAAAACAAUGAACUGGUUUUUCCCCUCAUAUUUCUACUCAUUAUUCUGGUUUCUCACACUCUUAACACAUUGACACUCCACACUCUGUGCCCCUCUGAGGUCUGCGCCCUAGGCAGCUGCCUAGUUGGCCUAAUUUAUUUAUUAUUUAUUUAUUAGAUUUAUAUACCGCCCUUCCAAAAUGGCUCAGAGCGGUUCACAACAACAUGUACUACUAAUAGUAGCACCGGUCCUGUGUAGCAGCCUGUCUUAUAACUGUUUAAAUUGCACACACUUAAUACUUCUAUGGAGUCCCUGAGCUGAAGAUUUGUGACAGAAGUGGGGUGUGUGUGUCUAAGAGGCUGGGGGAAUCUUCAGUAUACUAUAGUGGGUGUUGAAUAUCAGCAGUGCAUAGACAACUAGUUGUCGGCAUCUCAGUCAUCCACUAUAGCUGUACCUCCUAAAGUAACUUGUUAUACAGCAGUUGGCAGGUUGCAGUGUCUUUGAAAGGCUUGUCUGUACUGUGAAAUGCUUCACAUUUUUAUUCCUGCAGAUCAAGUUGAAAAGUUUGACUCUUGGCCAGCUCCAUGUAUAAAUCCUGAUCCACAAAGGGCUGGGCCACAUUAUAUUACUAGGUUCCCAAGUGCUCUAAAGAUUUUCAUUGUGAAACUUCUCAUACAACUUAAACUCACUGCAGCUGUGAUUUCCAGUAUACUCGUUGUGUUUUAAUUGGCUAUGCAAAGGGAAAGUCUUGGCCAGUCUUUCUCAGAUGUUUCUACAUCUGACUAAAUUAUAACACACAACAGAAACCUUCAGAAAGAAGCAGGCUUUGUUCUGCACCUGAUUUUUGUUGUGCUUCUGUUUCUUCCUCUCUGCAUCUCUACACUACAAACUUGUGUUGAUUUUAUGCUCAUUUUUCUACACUAACUCAACCAAAUAAUCCUGGAAAUUGGAUAUUAGUAGGGGAGAGUAACAAUUCUUACUAGGCCAUCUUGCAGAACUAUAGUUCUCUGUGGAGGGGAAAAACUGUAAUUAAAUCAAUUAAAAUCUGUGAUUUAGAUGUUUUGUCCUUCUCUUCCCAGGCCAAUAUCCAAAACAUUACUUCUGUUUUUAAUAAGAAUUUCUUCCCCCUGUAGAUAUAGAAAGAAUCCCUAGGAGUUAAUGAGGGAGUCUUUCUGCCUCAGAUGUUUUGUUGUCCUUGAAAAUUGCUUUGUUUCUGGUUGCUAUUAUUUGUUCUGACAUGAAAGGUUUUCUAGCAAUUUUUCUUUGUGUCAAUGAAGAGCUAGUAUUUUGCCAGCUGAUUAAAAAAUCUUAUAGUUUUGUGAGGCUGGAAUCUUUUGGAAAUAAGAGGAAUAGAUGUGGCAGGAAAACAAUGUUUGCCUCUUAAAAUUCAGGCUGUGAUCCCAAGCCAUAUGCAUAAAAGUGAGUCAUACCAAAAUGUAUGUAACAUACUUUCCAAUUAUAUGUUGAGAAUCGGGCUGUUAGCUUUGGAAAGGAAUGCUGUUUUUUAAAAAAAAAUAGUUUGAAGUCGUACCAUCUUCUGUAGAGUUAUUGGUGAAGUGAUUUUAUAAUGCAAGUUGAUUAUUGUUGCAAUUGGGUUAAUCUUACUAGUGAAAAGGUGUGGUGUGUUGAAUUCCCCCCACACAUUCAAAAUUGGUCAGGGAUAAACUGUUUAAAUUGGAGUGCCCCUAGAGUUUCCAGAAGCAAAGCUUUUAUUUCUGGUGUGAUACCCAAUUCCAAAGCACCAUGUGGGUUGGUUGGUCUGGCAAUUCUGCUGAAGAAGAUCAUUCAACAUUCUUUUUCUUGCGCUCUUUGUUGGGAUGGACAUUGCAAAGCAAAUGUUAAUUAGCUAAAAUAGUCAAAUACUUUGAAAAGAAAAAUAAGUCCAUCUGCUAAAAUCAUGUACAUGUCAGCAUUGAAAUCUUAAAUGGAACAUUCACCUAGGGCAGCUGUAGUACAUGGUUACAAUAUUCAGUUUGAAUGGAUUUGUUAAAGUAUGUGUGUGCGUGCGCAUAGUCUGAUAAAAUAAAAUUGGCAAAGUAACAGAGCUUUAAUUAGGCCAGUUUCUUUCUAGAGAAGCACCAAAUGUGCUAGAUUGUGUUUUACCAGUUUCAGACUUAUGAUUUCAUCCAUCACUUGUUGGUUCCCUGGAGGUAUAUUCCUAGCAUCUUCUCAUUGGUUGCUAAAAUUCUCAGUUCUGUUAUUGAGGAUAUCACUUUAAUCUGGGCAUUAAUAUCCAACAUGAUUUUAUUUUAUCAUCCUCAACAAGCAAACAUAUGUGUCGACAAAAAUCUUGACAGAGUAAUAUGAGACUAUUUACAUUUUACACUAGGGGUCCCCAGAAGUUGUUGGACUACAACUCCCAUCAUCCCCAGCCAAAUGGCCAAAGGCCACAGUUGAAAUCCAGAAACAACUGGGGACUCAAGGUUAGGCAGCUCUACACUGGGGAGUCUGCCACAUGGGCAGGAGGCCCAAGAAUAUGCUCCCUCAAACAAUAUUACGCUGCUACAUUUUUAAAAGGCUUUUAUCGAGGUGGGUUAUGUUGAAUAUAGCUUGACUACCCUUGUAAAAUUUGUCCAUGUGCCAAACUACUUGAAGUUAGGGUUUCUACCUUUCCCCCGCUUGUCCCGACACUGUACCUGUGCCUCUUAACAGCUAUAUGAUGGGGAAGAAGUUUAGCAGGCACAGCUCUCCAUCACUGUAUCUUUAUGCUGGGAAGAGUUGAUCUGUUGAAUUUCUGUGUAUUGCACAGCUAUUAUAAAAAGAAGCUUUGCCGGGGGGCGGGGGGGAAGGAAGGUGCAGUAUAAGGAGUACUCAUGAAAACAGGAGAAUGCUUUAAUAACAAACAUAUAUACAGUAAUGCUAGUUGGUAUAAGAAAUAGGAAUAUGAAAACAACCAAAUACAUAAGAAUUGAAACACGAUGAAACAAUGAUUAAGGAGUUGAGAAAAAUAAUGCAGAAAAUAUUCACAGAACGAAUAUAAGACAACAAGUCGUGCUUGUAAGUGGGCGGGGGUGUGUGUGUGUGUGGAAGGCAGGCGGCAACUUUAGGUGCAGCCAGUCCUAGAGGUUUUAUCUCACAGGGUUUUUUGUGUUUGUUUUGUGAAGCUGUUGUGAUGCUUCAUCCCUUGCAGAAAUGCCUUACUAUGCAUGUGGAGUCCAUGAUUGCCAUGGCUCUGUAUAUGUUUUGUUUUUAAGGGGGGGGGAACUCACGUUUUUCCAGUUUUUAACAUGGCAGGGUAUUUAUUGUAAAAACCUAAUAUACAGAUUGCAAAAAUACAUUAUAGUAACCUAAGCUUCUUAUAAAUAGUGUAUGAGGGUCAUAUUCAAUUUGCUUUUUAAAGCAUCUGAAGAUUCUGGUGACUGAAAGUUUAAAAAAAAAAAGUGGGUCUGUAGCACCAAACUUGCUGGGUUAUUUUAGAGCAGGGGUUCUCAGUGUUGGGUCCCCAGAUGUUUUUGUACUUCAGCUCCCAUAAUCCCCAGCCCCAGUGGCCUUUGGUUGGGGAUUAUGGGAAUUGAAGUCCAGUAACAUCUGGGGACCCGGCAUUAAGAAUCCCUGCUUUAGAGAACAUCAUCCUGAUCCUAAAAUACAUUAUGUGACCGGAAGUUCCAAGCCUUUAUACAUGCUGGUUGUGUGAGCUGGCCUUUGCCUUUGAAUUGCCGGACUGCUGGCUUUGGUACUUGGGCUUAUUCCCAAGUAAUGUGUCUAGGAUUGCAAUCUUAGUCUGUUCUUUUCAGCUACAAAUAGUACUCUUGAUAAAGUUAACUUUCAGUGAGGCAAGGAUUUCUUGAUGGGUGUCAGGAAUCGGGUAGCAUUGGUAAACAUGGAAUUGCUAAGAGAAGACUUUCCUCAGUAAGUGUGGGGGUCAGUGAGGACAGGAUCCAGUUGAGUUUUCCUUUCUAAAUUGCUGUGUACAAUUUAAAAUACAAAACGUUUCCCACACAGCAGAUACCUGUCAAGAUGGCAGUAUACUAGUCUAGGGGUUCCCAACCUUGGAUCCCCAGAUGUGGUUGGACUAAAAUUCCAUCUUCCUCCCCCACAAGGUAAGGCGUUGGCCAGUAUCGGUGGGGAUGAUGGGCCAACCACAUCUGGGGAUCCAAGGUUAGGAGCUCCUGGAAGUUAAUGGAUGUAAUAUGGUUUUGCAAAGCUGUUAUGGUAUAUGUGGCAUUAAAUCUGCCAGCUUAACACAUUUUGAUCAUAUAAAAAGUGCUCAUGGGACAGUAAAUUGGAAGUACAAAAGUGUAAUAGGAUUAGAUGAUGGUUGGUCUUGUUCUCCAUUUUUAGUAACUUCCUGGCUACACUGUUCAAGGGUGGAGUGCAUUGCUUCAGGGAAGUAUGGCAUUGUCAUGUGGGUCUCAUUUCAAAUCUGUGACCCCUUCAGGCAAAUGUGACUCAUUGAUAACGUUUAUACCAAAGUAAUUAGUUCAAAACAAAUCAUCUUUGCAAUCCAUUAUGUAACGAUUAUUAAGCUAGACUAAAUUGAAAUUGCACCGUUACUUCUAGUGUUGGUUUUUUUUUCCUGCCCCUCGCAUCACCCAGUAACUGUUAGUUUUGGCAUGGAACUGUACAUCUUUUUGGCAUGUGAUCAGACAGUGGCGUGGAGAAGGAGGAGGAGCGUGUAGACCUGGGGCCACAUUUCAAGUUAAUGUGACUAGUGUGUAUAAAAUGCUAUGUGUGUAUAGCAUGCUCAAGUGACCUGCAUUGGAGCAAAUGUGGAAUCAUUCAUGUUCUGUUUUUGAGUAGUGUUCAUAGGAAUGUUGGCUUUAAGCUAUAUUUGGUGAUGGUAGAGAUGUUGGUGGGUGCAUGAAAAUUAUGAAGCACUGGGGAUGUAGUCCUACAGUCUGAAAGUGAGGUGCCACCCGCGACAGCCUAAGCUGGAUAAACUAUGUGCAGUCUGCAAUUAGGUAUUCUCCAUGGAAGAGCUGUCUUGACAAUUGUUUGUUCAUAGGAAAGGUCACUUUUCACCCCUCUGGCCACUUUGAAGAGUUGACAACUAUGUAACACAAAGUCUCAGUGCUUUUCUGAUGUGGUUGCACGUUCAACGAAAAUGGUUGAGUGGAGCAAAAAAGAAAAAAGCUGCAUGCAUGGAAGCUUGCUUGGUGGUAGAGCUGUGCUGAUUUGCACAAGUUGGUUUAGCAUCUAUACAGAAAUAGGGAGAUGAGAUAAAAAUAAGGGUCAGGUUUCAACAAUCAGAAACUUCCUUUGACAAGAUUGUUUUGCUCAUUUUCUCUUUCCCUAGCUUUCUGAAAGUGUAAAAAGUGUAGGAAAAUGCAGUGUAUAAUUUCUUUUUAUUUCUUUUUUUUAAAAAAAUUGGUUUUGCAAACAAAAAUAAGCAUAGUCCAAUACUGAAAGAGAUUUUAAGUUGGGCUUUUCAGAAUCAGAUUUGAAAAGGUCCUAGAAAAUGAGGAAAUAUGUACCUUUAAAACCUCUUAUGGGUGUCAGUUUGCUAGCUGAGGAAGGAGUAGUGUCCUGGUGUGAAGCUUCUAAACUCAGGGUAGGCAACCUUGGCACACCAUCUGUUGCUGAACUGUACCUCCCAUCAUGGCUGGGGAUGAUGGGAGUUGUAGUUCAGUAAUAGCUAGAAUGCCAAGGUUGCCUACCUCUGUGUAGACCAACAGAACUGGUAGGGGAAAGGAGGAUAAAAUGGGGCCUUUGGAUGAGGAAGAGGGAAAUGUAGUGCUAGCACCAAGGUUCAUAUGAAUAAACAAUAUUAUCUGCCUUUCUCCCUUUAAAAUAAAUUAAUGAUUUUGGCCAAAGUGCUCCAUAAGGCUUUGUUGACACUGGUGCAGGAUGAUUUAUUCCUGUGACAAAACCUAGCCAGUUUUAAAGAGGCGUGGUGAUGAUAAGGACAAACCAGCAAUGACACAAUGACCAGCAUUGACACAGCUCCAGACCAAUACCGCAUUCAUACCAGUGGUUGCCCAUGUCUGCUGCACAAAUUACAAAUUUCACCUUGCCUUUCUCAUCAAGACCAACAGCACAGAAAGCUCACAGUUCUAGGGCAAGGCGAGCACUGUCCUCUCGGAAAUUAGUACAGUUCCAAACUCCUCUUGAGGUGCCCAGAAUGCUUUUCAGAUAAUGCCAAUAACUUGUUUCUGGCCUUGAGCAAGUUGGUCAAAAUGCAGCAUUGUGGAUUUCUUCCAUUUUUAAAAAUAAAAAUAUAUACCAAUAUCUAUAUAUUUAAUGCGUCUUUCUCAGAGUACACUUUUCCCCCUUGACAAAUUGCACUUUAAUAGCUUAUUAGGGGUGUGGGGCUAAUUCAGGCUCUUGGGUGGGAUAUAAGCUAUGCAGCAGAUAUUUCUCAAUAACUGCUGUAUUCUUUAACUGGUUACUUUUUUGUGUUGGGGUAGGGCUCUCCUAUAAGCAGAAAAAUACCAUGGAAUUACAGAUUUGUUCUUAAAUAAUCAGAAUGGGGCAUUACAACUGUCUGAAGUGUAGAAGACAGCUUAUUUUAGUGCCAAGUACCUGUCGCCCGAGGAGUCCAGUCCCUGUUUAAUGGAAUUGGAGCUGUGUUCUCCAUUCCUGUCGUUUUGCACUGCUUGGUCUCUCAAUACACUGUUCUGGAUUCUUGUUCUCUUUGGGGGUGGAGGUGAGCAGAGUAGAUGUGAGUAGAAGAGGGAAACAGACCUGAAGUGUGUUGCUUAAAAAAAAACCAAUCCCCUCCUUAUUGGCGGAAUAUCUGAAUUGGUACCUUCUUGACAAGGUGCCCUGAGUCGUCUUUGCACAUGAAAAGCUUCCUUUGCACAGAAUGAGCUUCUCAGUUUUUUCUUUCUUUUGUACAGACUAACUGAAUGUAUUGGGGGAGGGAGGGGCGGAGGGAACAAAUUCCAAACGAAGUUUCAAAAUAAUAAUAAUAAUGUUUUAAUGCCUUUUUGUGAGUGAGUGCUGCAAACGGAGAUUGUAAUAAAAAUGAGAAGGCCAGAGCAAGUUCUAAUUGACACAAUGUGCGGCUUUAUUUUUGUACUGAUACUGGUUAAGAGACUGUACAGCAUCUAUUUAUUUAGAUGAUUUAUGUGGUAAAUGUUGCAAACAAGAUUAUAAAAGAAUAUUAAAUGAAAACUGACAUUUAACUAA